AUGGAAGAUGCGCAUUUUAAUGUAAUAUUCAAUGAAGAUCUUAAUGAUGAUUAUAAAAACAUAAUGGAUCGCGUUGUUGAUCACAUUAAUUAUUGGGGUGAUGAUGACAACGAUGGCUUAAGAGGGGAUGGUGAUGAUGGGGAAAAUGAUGACGACAACAAUGACGACGACGACGAUAACGACGAUGAUAGUGAUAAGGAUGGUGAAUCAUUUUGGAGUCGAGAUUUUGAUAUGAAAAAUGAUUUAGAAACAAAGUAUAAGUUAAAGCCUUCAAGAAGGAUGAGUGUGGUUGAAAAAAUGGUUAUAUUUCUAUAUACAAUAGCACUAGGAGCAUCAAAUAGGGAGGUUCAAUAG